AUGGCUCUUGCUUUGAAUGGAGCUUUCCUGGCUCUAUCCAUGAUUCCGCUCGCUAUAGAUUUCUUUCCCAAACCCUACAAAGCAACCACCACUGUGCGUAUCGGAGUCGGUCUGGCGCAAGAAAGUGACCUGGGGAACGGAACCAUUGGAGGCAACAUACCCAAUAUUGCAUUGUUCGACGGCAAUGGGAAUCAACUAGGAACCAGUCAUGGCAAGAAGACCAUAAAAUCAGGCGAAUUCAAAGACAUAGUUGUCAAGCACCACGACCACACCAACAAUGCACCCGCCGAAUACAUAUCCAUCACCAGUGGCGGAACAGACCAGAUAUGCAUUGCUUAUCUCGCCAUCACCAUGGCAUCGGGCGACAAGAACCAAUUCUACGGCGACGUAGGGAAGCAAUGUGGAGGGAAAUGGUAUCCUUCCAACCUCCUCGUCGAAACCAAUGAAGAUCCAGAGUUCAAACCAAGCUGCAUCUGGCUCGAUAGUCCGGAUCCUGGGACCGGGGACGAAUUCGCGCAGGGAUUCAGCAUCCACGUCCCAGACUUUGGGUCUAAUCAAGUGCGAGCGAUGGGAUAUCAAGAAAACCCCGCUACGAUGUGCGAAAGCAAGCCAAGAUUCCACCUCUGGGGCUCCGACCUUACCAGCGAGAAACAGUGCAUCCCAGUCUUUUCCCCACCAUUGGCAUAUCAAUCCGACGGCAGUGAUCCUGUUGACACCAGCUUGAUAUUGGUCGAUGGGAGUGUCUCCUGCACUCCAGGUCCGGGUGUCCCGAUGCAUGCACAAAUCAAUGCACCGAUGAACGCAUCUCAAAUGCUGGGAACUGAAAGUAAUGGCGCGAAGCGCAGAUCGAAGAUCAGGCGUAGCAAUCAAGCCUGCGGUGACAGUAGCGUCGUCAUCAGUGACCACAUAGCGCACAGCGCUCAGGAAGUCUGUGAUAGCACCACUUCCAUGGGCCCGGACUUCGUGUCCACGCAGGAGGGGCUGUACUGUGAUAUGUGCACUCACACCAUCUACAAUGUCUGCACCUCGAAUAUGACCAGUGGAUGUUUCGACGUGUCUUCACAGACGUUGAAGCCUGGAGCCAGUCUACACCCACGCGACUUGAAUACCUUGUCUGAUGUGUCGCACGGGCUUGGCUCUGUACCUGCGAAGUCGUACGACAAGGUCAUUCACUGGACAUAG